GCGGGGCGCAGCUCCCCAGCCCGGUGUUUCUGCCACCUGCCUGCAGCCCCUGAUUUCCCGCUGCAGCCUCACCAGGCCCAGGAGCGUCUGGGGGGACGAGGAGGAAACCGAGGGGUCACUGGACUCUGUUAAUUCAAUACGCCUGAAAAGUAGCUAGAGAAGAGGUCGCACACCUGCGGAGACCCACAGCCUGGGUAGCUGAAGGAGAUUCGGGAUGGUGCCAGCACAUUGUUUGCUGCCUGGCACGGGUCUCCAGGAGGUCAUUGAUCUAACCAGGGAGGACGAGCGUUCAGAAGCAGCAGUGCAGGAUGACUUCACUGUGAUUGACUUGACCAAAGUGGAGGAGGAGCAUCCAGCCAACUUCCCCCUGGCUGGUGCUGGCGCUGCUGCCGGCAUGGAGUGCGCGUCGCCUCCCAGCCUGCCUGCCCUCGUGGACAUAAAGCGUGAAAGGAAAGAGGUGGCAGACCGAGGCCUUGGUGACCCGUGGGACCAAGGCCAUGAAGAGAUAAAAGGCACCCACUUAGAAGGCUGCGUCUCCCCCGUCUCCAGCUGCACGCACUCCGUCUGCGGCCCAGAGCUCAGCAGCAGCAGCACCACUAUUAACAGCGACCUGGGCUCCUUGGCCAGCCUCCCGCUGGACUCGGACGUAUUCUCCUCCUCUCCAGCCAGCAGCAGCACAUCCUUGGACUGCUCCGCCGCAGAAUCUCACAGUAGCUGCCAGCAACAGGAAGGCCCAGAACACCUACCCACCGCCCCUGCUCAGAGACAGUCCCCGGGUCUCUCCAGCUGCCCCCCAACAAGUACCCCCAGGUCUCCAGAGCAGCCUUUGCUGGAGACAAGUAACCCAAUGCUGACUGCCGCGAAGCAGGAGCCCCCCGAGCCGGCCAAACUGCGGCCUGUCAAUAAGGCCUGGCUUCAUAAACUGCAGUACUUCAGGAGGACUCCGGUGCAUCACCUCUUCUUCCAGGGAGUGGUGCAGGAUGAGGAAAGCCGCCAGAACGCACACCUGAGGGCACAGCCCAUCCCCAGCAGAAAAUUGAGCAUGGUGUCCACCACCAUGGAGGAGAAUUUCCCCAAGGGGACCUUGCAGUUCCUAACAGACUUUGUGUCCUGCCACCAUUACCCUCCAAAGGAGAUUGUCUCCCAUGUGAUCAGGAACAUCCUGCUGAGCUCAGAGACUGGGGAGAUGCUGAAGGAUGCCUACAUGCUGCUGAUGAAAAUUCAAACGCUUCAUCCGGCUACCACCACAAUGGUGGGAUGGGACUGGGAGCUGCUACGGUAUGUCAUGGAAGAACAGGAGGAGAUGCUCCCUGGGCGCUUUCUGUUCCUGCAGUAUGUGGUGCAGACCCUGGAGGACGACUUCCAGCUGAACCUGAGGCUACGCUUCCUGCAAAAAUCCAUUGCCAAGGAGGUGCUUUCCUGUGACCGGUGCUUCAGCAACGUCACGGAAGUGAUUGAGUGGCUGGUUGCUGCGGUUACUGGACUUGGAUUUUCCCAGCCCCGAAAGCAGCAGCAGAAGAAAGCAGCAUGUCCCUCAUCAGAAACUGACAGUAGCAUCUCCUUACCUGGGCCAGACUCCGCACCGAAUGACAGUGAAACUGGGCAGGCAGAGGCCGUCCUACCAGCUUUCCUUUCCCAAAAGGUGGUGCUGCUUCUCCAGAGGAUGCUGUCCAUAGCUGUAGAGGUGGACAGGUCUCCCAAUUGUAGUACCAAUAAGAUUGCCAAUGUGAUAUUUCUAUACUUGGUGAACAUUCCUCUGAGGAGCCAAAGGGAGGCUUUCUUAAACACCAUGGAGAGCCAGCUCCUGCGCUGCAAAGUGCUGGAGCUCCUGCUCCACCACAGCUGUGCCAUACCAGCCUCCUUGCCCUUGUCUCUCAACAAGAUCCUGCAUUUCCUGAGCCGCCAUUCUCUGCCGCUGCAGUAUCAGGACCAUGAAGUAACAUGGCAGAGAUGGGAUGAGACGCUUCAGGACUUGAUUUUACUGUUGACAAGUUACCGCAACGUUGUGCUGGGGCACUUAAGAAGUUCACUCAGUGAGCGGAUGGAUUUAAUCAUUUCAAAUGCCAAACCUCAGCUACAGGAUAACGACAGCAUCACCACAGUGGACAUUGAGCUGCAUGUCAAGGAUUUCAGCAACCGGCUGCUGCAGAUCCUGGGGAAGCCCCUUCCCCUGCAGAUCAAGGACAAGGUGUGCAUGCUUCAAGAGCUGCUGCUCACCGCUGCUGCCACCACCUGACAGGAAAAGGAUGCUCCUGAGGGAGCUGUGGACCUGGCUUUCAGUGCCAGGUAGCAGCCUGGUCAAACAUCAGUUACCCACUAUUCAGUUCUGUUCAUACAGUUGUGUGGACCUAGGAGUCUCAUACCCUCCUCUCAAAUCUGCUUCUCCGUGUGCAAUCUGUGUAUAGAUUUUUUUCAAUUAAAUUAUUUUCCUGGUUGAUGAGGUUCUUUCCUCAAGGUGCCAGUAACAAUCUAGCCAAUGCUCUGCUUCUGAGCCCUGCAGCUGUAUUCAAAAGAUGGCACCACCUCAGAAAGUGCAGGUUGUCCUACUCAGAAGGGGGGAAGUACUUGAAGCUUGCAUAGUUCAGUUUUAGUUGGCUAUCCAAGUCAAGCAAGAGCUUGGCAUGGGCAGCAUAUGGAAUAGCACAAGCAUCGUAGAUGCUGCAGCCUGAAAGUCUUUCAGCAGCAGCUAUAUUUUGAUUCCUGUACUGCACUCAGUACUGUGGUCUCUAACCAUGUAAGCUCUAACUGAACAAGUGAUUAACAGAGGAAGUGCUGUCACUCUUGCAGAGCCAUUCCUUUAGCAGGCUACUUCUAUCCAGCUGUGUGAUCACUAUGUCCUGGAUAGCUGCUUCACUCUAUAGACCAAGGGUGGCCAAACUUACUGACCCUCAAAGUCACAGACUAUAAUCUUCAGAAGUUUGAGAGCCAGGCGCACCUGCCAGGGCUCAGAGCUUCUCCCCUGUGGCAGCAGGUAGGGCUAGGGGCUGAAGCCCUGAGCCCCUGCAGGCACCUCCCCCAGGGCUGUAACCCCUAGACCCACCCCCUCCCCACAGGGCAGAAGCCCCUAGCACCCACCCAGUCUGAUAGGUGGAGAAUGUUAGUUAAGUAGCCUCUCACUGAUUGGAAGCUUUUCCUAUCAACCCUCUAUCCCCACAUAGUACAGGAGAGUUCUCAAAACAUGCCAGAGCAGUUAACAUGUCCUGCCCACUAGAGGACUAAGCUAUGCCUCCCUCAGGGUCACCUCUGCUUCACAGCAUCUAUUCCUCAAGGGAGCUAGUUCUGGGUUGCAGUAUUCAAAGAUAGCUAGCUGUCUUGUAGCCACAAGUCCUGCCCUGACAGUAACUGCUGAGCACAGGAUGCAAGUUUGUAUUAGGCAUAUGGAAUUUAGGACUAAAGCUUCAGGUAAAGCAAAUUGGUGACAAACUAGUUACAAUAUACUUCCUCUAGAGAUGAGCUGACCUAGAAAGCGAUGCUAAGACUGGAAAAUUCUCUCUUCCUUCCCCCGUCCCCUUUCAGAGUGGCUUUAUUCCCUGCAGUCAAGGAGUCAGGAAGCACACCUUGCUCUGAAGUGGUUGAGGCAGACCCAGGAACUAGGGAAGAGAGACUGGACAGUUUAGUGUUUCAGAACAAUCUGCAUGGCUCUCUCCCACUUAUAUGGCACCACUAUCCUAUCUGAACACCGCCCCCUCUAUGGGAUUUACCCUCAUAACUCCCCUGUGAUGCAGUGUACAAACCCCACACUGGGAUGGAAGGGGUUAAAGGACUAUACUGGGCCCAGCUAGCCCUGCCCCUCCAGCCCUGCUGAGCAUACUGUAGCUGGAGACAGGAUUAAAAAGGGGCCCAGCUCAGAGGGGGCAGGCUGGGGAGGAGUGCAGACCUACCCUACAGGCUCCUGCCAAAGGAGAUGGGUUGUGUGUUCAGCCCAGCUAGGGCCGACUGUUUGUGUUUCUGGUCCCAAUGAGGAAAAAGGAAACUAGAGAGCAGUGCUGGGAAGUGACUCAGGAAGGGCACCACAGAAGGUCCACAUUCCUUACCCCAGAGGUCAACACUGCUGACCCUCCCAGGGCCAUGGGGCAGAGCCCAGGCUCCCCUACCACUGCCCCAGUCCCUGGCUGAGUGGACACUAACCACUAAACCACCACGCCCACCAAGGACCCUACUACAAGCCCUCUACAGCAGGUGACACUGGUGCUAUUUGCUUUUUGUACUAUAGUCCUGGUCAACAAUGUAGCUAGACCAGUCACAUUUCACUUUCCAUUUCAUGCACACUAAAAAGGACAGCAAGCAUAAGCUGAGUUUUCCUACCUACUGUGCAGUGACUAGGUCUGUAGACACUGUCACUCUUGCCCCUCUAAAAGCCAGGGCACUUAGUUUAGUAGGGGUCUAUGAGCCUGCCUUUUAGGGACCCAGCCUUGCCAGUUUUGAAGAGCAAGUUAAGGGCAGGAGUGGUACCUGAAGCCCUGUGAUGCUCUUACAAUAGAAAUGUAUGGUUUUUUACAUUCAUCUGUGUUGAAAGAUCUGCAGAAAUAACCUCCUGCACCAGAGACAAUGAAUGAAUGCGUCAACAAUACCUGGAAAUAAACAUGGGGGAGAGGGGGAAGAGUUCUGCUCUUCCAGCAUAGUACACCAAAAGCAUUUUCUAAUUAUGAGUACAUGAUUACUCCAGGUGGGAAGCACAUUUGUUUAAGAGCAACAGCAAGUACACGCAUGCCCCUUCUCCAGAACUUGAAGUUGGUCUUUUAGGUGACAUUUCCCAGCUUUGGUCUCUGCCUAGAGGUGAUGAGCUGGAGGAAGCGAGCACAAACAGCUCAACUAUUUGAGUAGAAGAAAAGUGGUUUCUUUUUGCAAUUCUUUCUUUGCUUCCUGCUCCCAGAUUAAAAAUAUCUUGGGAAUCCAACAGCCAAGCUAUUGGGAGUAGAGUUCACAUCAACAGGGUGAAAGAGCUAUAGCAAAGACCCUGCUAAAAACGGUCUGAUUUCAUCGAGUUUUAACUGUUCAAUUACAAUUGUAAACUUCAUUGUACCUCUUCAAAGUGUAAUAUUCAGUUCAAAGUGAGUGCUACUCAAGGAAUGUUGUCUAUGCACACAGCUAACUGCAUACUGAACAAUGCAGGGAAGAGACACCCUUUUGUGUACCCUGUUAGCUGUGGAGGGCAGGGUACGCAGUGCAUCAAGCCACAUGCUUCAGUGUUUCCUUUUCUUUUUAAAAGAAAAAAAAAAAAAAAAAACAGUCACAGCUAAAUGAGAGAGGCAAGAUUACAUGUGUACCGCACUGCUGCCACACAAACUGUUUUAUAGCCUUAGAUAACCAUCUAGUAUAUUUCCCAGGAGGUUGGCUACACACUUACUGAAACUGUGAGAGCCACAUUAUUCCCCAGGCAUGGGGAAAAUGACCAUUUACCUGCCCGGGAGCUGCACAUCAUCCAAGUACAGCUUAAGAAAGUGAGGAAAUCCCCCACCAAUGACUUUCCAUUGGCUCUGGUUUCAUGAGCACUUCUAUUCAUUAAGUUCUGUAAUAAUAGCACCCCCUCCCUUAGAGCCCAGACUAAGCACCAUUAUCUUCCUUUCAAGAAAGGACAGUACAAAGCAAUGGACUUUGUAAUGCAAAAAAAAAAAAAUGCUACUGUGACCAAACUUGUGCCUACAUGUCACAGAUUAAACAGCGAAGCGUUAAUGAGUUACUCAGCGAGGAGCAGAGAGCCCUGUGGAGAUCAGAUUUGUUCCUGUUUCCUUCUGGCACUUCAUCUGCUGUGCUGCUGCAAGAACCACCACAGAUCUCCAUUCACAAGGGCUUUUAUUCUCUUGUAACAGUUAGGCACAUUUUUUUUUAAAAAGGACAUGAGCACAAACAGCACAAAUAAAUUAAUGGAAGCCAAAGAAGUCUGAUUACCACUGAUCACACACACUUCCAAUCCAUAAUGACAACUGAUUACUAGGGUAGGAGUCCUUGGUGCUACCAAUGCAACACGUGACAGGUGUUGCCAUUAGUGAAGAAGUUUGAAAUGAAGCUGUGCUACAAAGCACGUUUCUUCAAAGAGGGGGACAUGAGCUAACCACUGCAGUAUGGUCAGGAUAUAGCCUCUCUGUGGAGUUCCAAGGAAAGACAUUUCACUGUAAGAGGCUUUUAACACGGGCUGCAACAAGAUUGGGCCUUACAUGCCAUCUGACUGCUACAAUGACCACUAUGGAAAGGACAGUUCAGGCCAGUGCCUGUCAAGGAAUCUAAAGACUCUGGAGUGACCAGUUUGCCACAGGACAAGUAUGGAGAUGUCACACUAAGCCACCUUCCUUUGCUUGGUGAAUUAGAGGCUGCUUAAAAGUUUCUUCCCCACUUCUGUGGAGGAAGAGACAUGAAGGCGCAUGUUGACUGGUCCCCAUGAAUGUGUAUAAAUCUAGGCUAAGAAAAAUAUUAAGUCUUACCAGAGCACAGGAGGAACGUUUAAGAUCAAAUUCUCCCUUAGUCCCCCUCAAUGCCUGCAAGCAUGAAUCCGAUGUUGAGAAGUAAAGAUCCUACGAAGAGGGACUGUCCACGUCCCUUUCUCUCACUGCUACAUCCCCUCCACCUCUUACAAGAUGCAACUAGAACUCCAAAACAAAGCCCUAGAGACAAAGUGCCACAUCAGCUGUAGUUCCAUUUGUGCUCCCCACUGAAAGCAGCAGAAUGGUGUCACCAUGCAAAGAUCUGAGAAGAGAAUGAAGGGUUUAGUUCAAGCCACGCUAGCUCUGGUCAUUUCCUCCUCUGGGCCCACUGGAAAAUUAAACCCUUUGACAGCAGAAGUAAAGGUUUCCCCCCUGCCACCAAGCACCAGUACAGAACUGUACAACAGAAUUUAACAGUAAGGGCCGAUCUUUAGAACGGUCACUGUUCAUGGACCAAUUACCCUUUAAACAAAGAAACUCAAAAAGAAAUAAACACUAGAUGUGGAACUACUAUAAGCUAACAUUGCAAAGCAAGGGAGCUAGAUGGUUACGUAAGGGAAUCUUGAUAGAGAACUUCAGGAAUGCUCCAAUUCUUGACAGGCUUGGCUGGACGUGUUUUGUCUCUAGCACAAGGCCACCGGCUGCUGGUGUUGUCUAUCCCCUAGAGAAAAGCAUGUUGUCCUUCUGGCGACUUGACCAGGGCACUGAGCAGAGGAGACCUAGAAGUCUAGAACAUAGCUGGGCAGGACAGCCCUCAGCACAGAGGUCUCCCAACAAGGUGGGGAAUUUUCAGGUUCUAGAGCAGUGCACAUCUCCCAGUGGAAUCUUGCUGUACAGAUAAAUAGAACUGCAACUGAUACAGGACGGUUUAUAUGGACUUGGUGCUAUUACAGAAACUUUCU